GUGAAUAAAAAUGGUUAGAAAUUCUUUCUCCCAAAGACAAAGCAAAGAAUUAACCUAAAACACUAAAUAUGAAAGUACUCUCUUUUCUUCUUUCAAUUCAAUUAUCCUACACCCAAUUCUUACAUUCCCUCUCCAAAUGGGAAAUUGUUUAUCAGCAGAUUUUUGGUGCCCUAGAACUUACGAUAUCACAAUCUCAACUUCCUCUGAUAAUUCUCCAAGAAACACCCACUACAAACCACCACCAUUUCCUCCACUACCAGCUCCUCCUCCUCCUCCGCCGCCGCCACCAGGAUUCCCUUCAAAAACCCAUCAUCAAUCUCCUGCUCUUAUUCCUUCCCUCGAAAUCGGUCCCAUCUUAAAUAAACCAUAUGUUGACAUAACCUCAAUUUACCUUUUAGACAAAGAACUUGGAAGAGGACAAUUUGGGAUCACAUAUUUAUGCACAGAAAGAUCAACUGGCUUAAAAUAUGCAUGUAAGUCUAUCUCUAGGAUGAAACUCCAGCACAGAAAAGAUAUUGAGGGUGUGAGAAGAGAGAUUCUGAUCAUGCAACAUCUGAGUGGACAGCCUAAUAUUGUGGAAUUUAAAGGAGCAUAUGAAGAUAGAAAUAAUUUGUAUGUGGUAAUGGAGAUUUGUUUAGGUGGGGAAUUGUUUGAUAGAAUUGUGGGGAAAGGUGGGUUUUCAGAAAAGGAAGCUGCUCACGUGUUUAAGCAGAUAGUGAAUGUGGUUCAUGUAUGUCAUUUUAUGGGUGUUAUGCAUAGAGAUUUGAAGCCUGAGAAUUUCUUGUUGCUAACUAAACAACCAGAUUCCCCUUUGAAGAUCACUGAUUUUGGUCUUUCUGUCUUUAUUGAAGAAGGAAAAAUAUAUAAAGAACUUGUCGGAAGUGCAUAUUACGUAGCACCAGAAGUCCUGGAACGACGAUAUGGAAAAGAGAUUGAUGUGUGGAGUGCCGGAGUCAUUUUAUACAUUCUUCUUAGUGGUGUUCCUCCAUUUUGGGACGAGACAGAAACGGGUAUAUUUGCCCAGAUACGAAAAGGGAAGCUUGACUUAGAAAGCCAACCUUGGCCUUCAAUAUCUGCUGGUGCCAAAGAUUUAAUUGCAAAAAUGUUGGAAAGAGAUCCUACAACACGAAUAACUGCAUCACAAGCAUUAGAACAUCCUUGGCUCAGAGAAAAUGAAGCUUCAGACAAACCUAUUGACAGUGUCGUGCUUUUUAGGAUGAAACAAUUCCGAGCGAUGAACAAACUCAAGAAGCUUGCUCUAAAGGUAAUGGCAAAAAACAUCGAUGAAGAAGAUACGAAAGGUUUAAGAGAAAUGUUCAACAACAUUGAUACUGAUAGAAGUGGUACAAUCACACUCCAAGAACUUAAAGAUGGUCUAGCAAGACUUGGUUCAACCCUUACCGAAACAGAAAUACAGCAGCUUUUGGAGGCUGCUGAUGUGGAUAAGAAUGGGACCAUUGAUUACAUUGAAUUCAUAACAGCUACUAUGCAUCGGCAUAGACUUGACAAGGAGGAGAAUUUGUGCAAGACUUUCCAAUAUUUUGACGUCGAUAAGAGCGGGUUUAUUACAAGAGAUGAGCUAAGACAGGCCAUGACAAAAUAUGGAAUGGGUGACGAAGCAACUAUUGAUGAAAUUCUUGAUGAUGUAGACACCGACAAAGAUGGAAGAAUUAACUAUGAGGAGUUUGUAGCAAUGAUGAAGAAAGGCACAACUGAUUCAGAUGAAAAUAAAAACCAAUUGUUUGUCUAUAAAUAGAAAAAAUAAAGAAUGAUAUAUUAUAAUAUAUUUUGUGCCUUGUAUUUUAUUUUCCUAUUCUCUAUUUAAUUUUAUGUUGUUAAAAGUGUGAAUAAGUAAUGUAUAUCAUGUCAUCAUAAUCAUUAAUACUAUUGAUAGGUGUGUAAGAUGACAAAUGACACAUAUUUGGAGCUUUGACAAUGUCAUGAUUUUACAAGUUGUAACUUGAUUAUAUGGUAUAAACUUAAUUAUCCGGUUGCGAAA